AUGUGAAAACAAAAAUAUAGGCCUACAUGUGAAGCCAUAUGACAAACAAGUUUUCUUUAUUUAAAAUAAGCAACGUUUGCGAUUGGUCUAUCCCCACCCCACAUACAUUAUUGCUUUAUACGCCAUUAUUAGAUUUUGGAGCACCGGUCUUUAAGUCAUGUCGUUUGGAAGGAAGAUGCACCUUCAGCAUUGGCGAUAAAUGCGGAAUAACUGUUUUCUGAACUUCACAGACAAACAAGAAUUGUUGUAAGGAGCUUACAAUAUAUUAACUGUUAAAAUGGAGUCUGGGUUCCAUGAUACUUCAACUGGAAAGACAGAAUGCAGUCAGAGCAAGAAGUUAUUUACUCCAGGCCCUCUAAGUGUCAGCCUCACGACUAAAGAAGCCAUGCUUCAAGAUCUAGGGUCCAGAGACCAGACAUUUAUUAACAUCAUCCAAUCAGUUCGAGAAAGUUUACUUCAAAUUGCUGGAGUUUCAAAAGAAACCUAUACCUGCGUUCUCAUGCAAGGAAGUGGUACUUUCAGCGUAGAGGCCGCUCUUACAUCUAGUAUUCCUCGAGAAAACCCUCGAGUUUUGUUACUAGUAAAUGGCGCGUACGGUAUGCGCAUGGCGAAGGCAGUCAAAGUUCUCGGGAUUCCCGAGACUGGUUUGGAAGUGAUGACUUUUCCCGAGGAUGAGAAAGUAGAUCCGGCCCGGGUAGAGGAGAAAUUAAAGGAUGAUAGAGGAUGGACAAAUGUUGGAAUCGUUCACAGCGAAACAACAUCAGGCGUCAUCAAUCCUAUCAAUGAUGUAGGCAAGGUCGUGAAAAAGUAUUGCCCAGACGCAUCUUAUAUUGUCGAUGCCAUGAGCAGUUUCGGAGCGAUUCCUAUCGAAUUUGAAUCUUCUGGUAUUGACUUCUUGAUCAGUUCUGCCAACAAGUGCCUAGAAGGUGUCCCAGGUUUCGGAUACACUAUCGCUAAAAUCGAUAAGCUGGAGAAGUGUCAAGGUAACUCUCGUAGUCUAAGCCUGGAUCUGUACGACCAGUGGCAAGGUUUAGAGAAGAACAGUCAGUUUCGAUUCACCCCUCCUACCCACACCAUAUUAGCUUUUCAUCAGGCACUCAAAGAAUUUCAAGCCGAAGGUGGGGUUAUGGCAAGAUCAAAACGGUACAAGGAGAAUUGUCAAAUCUUACGAGAAGGGAUGAAAGAGUUUGGAUUUCAAGAGUUUUUAGAUGAUACCCACGAUGGUUAUAUCAUAACAUCUUUCUACUACCCAAACCAUCCAAACUUUGAUUUCACCCAGAUGUAUCAACGGCUAAGCAAAUUGGGUUUGGUUAUCUACCCUGGUAAGGUGACAAAAGCAAAAUGUUUUCGUAUUGGAAACAUCGGUCAUCUAUUUCCUGAUGAUAUGCGCCUCUUACUGUCUGGUAUCCGUCAAGUAUUCAACGACAUGGACAUCCCACUUCCACUUAUAUAAUAAUAAUAAAAAAACGAUUUACAUAAUAUAAUGAAAGUAGAUGUACAGUUUUAUUUGUUAAUAUUUCUUCAUCAAUUUUCAUCGUUUACAAAUGAUUACAAUCGAUUUAUGAAUGUUUGAUUCAAUUCCACUGCGUUGAAAUUGUAUAUAUCAAUAUGUUUUAGACAAUGAUAGAUAUGUUCUGAGAUUUCAUAUUCCAAGUUCAGAUAUUCUCAUUUUUUUCUUCAAAAGUCCUUACUAUAUAUUGUCUUCAAACAACCAGCCCCCAAAUUGGUAGGCUAUUACAAUUUUCCUGUAUGAAUAUCUAUAUCUUCCUUUCUUGUCCCUUGAAAUCGUACUUUCUAGCUUUUCUAGGGAUAACUUUGCUGAAGGUAUAUACGAACUUAUAGAAUAUGUAAUGUACAUGGAUUACUUGGAAGUCUGUAGGCCUAUAUAGCUUGCCACUGCGUUAAUUGGAAAAUUAUGAUCAGUUGAUAUAUUGACGUAUACAAUAGUAUUAUUGUCAUUAUAUGUGCUUCAAAUGUCUUAUCAUAGAACUAAUGAAGCUGCUAAUUUGACUCAUAUUGAGUUGAUCCUUUCAUUUAGUAAUUCCUGUAAAGGAAAUGCAGACAUCACUUUCAGAGGGUAAAUUGCCAAUUCGUCUACUGCCAACUCUCCCACUCACCACAUGGUCUACUUUAAUUCCGUCCAUCAACAUUUCGUCAUUUAAGUAUAUGGACUAGAUGGUUAUUGGACCAACUGGUUAUUAGACGGAAUGGCAUUAGACUAAAUGAAAGUAGACCAUGUGUUGAGUGGACGAACUGAUGGUAGAUCAAAUGGUAGUAGACGAGUUAGAAAUUGGGCAAAUUGGCAUUAGACGAAUUGGAAAUAAACCACUUCAGAGGAGGUGAUAAAGAUCAACCUCCAACGUCAAACGUCACAUCAACGAAACCAGACCGAUCAUUUACCUUAUUUCAAAUUGAAUAUCGUUGGUCAGUUUGGAAUCGGUAUGAUUAAGUAGACUAUCUCGCCAUAUCGACAUAACGUCGACUUGCCAAGAUGUAUCUCGACAGUCGACAUGAAGCACCGCACAUACAUCAGGGAAUGGCUCAAUAUUGUGUUAGUAAUAUUGAUUGUGAUGUGCAUGUCAUCCUAUUGUCAAUAAAUAUCAAUUUAUUCGUUUGAGA